CACACACAGCCAAAAACACAAAAAUUUUUCGUACGCAUAUUAGAAGAAAAUGGUGUCUCAUGUCAAAAUCGAUUCACCUGUAUUUCGCCUACACACAAAUGCAACCGUUAUAUUAUUAAUAACAUUUUCAAUUGCUGUUACAACGCGUCAAUACGUAGGAAAUCCAAUAGACUGUGUACAUACGAGAGACAUUCCGGAAGAUGUACUUAAUACAUAUUGUUGGAUACAUUCAACAUAUACAGUGGUGGAUGCUUUUAUGAAAAAGCAAGGUUCCGAGGUGCCUUUUCCUGGGGUUCAUAAUUCACAGGGACGUGGACCUCUAACAAUAAAACAUACAAAAUAUUAUCAAUGGGUGGCGUUUACGCUAUUUUUUCAGGCAAUAUUAUUUUAUACACCAAGAUGGCUGUGGAAGUCUUGGGAAGGUGGCAAAAUUCAUGCACUUAUCAUGGACUUAGAUAUAGGAAUCUGUUCCGAAGCCGAGAAAAAACAAAAAAAGAAAUUACUUUUAGAUUAUUUAUGGGAAAAUCUAAGAUAUCACAACUGGUGGGCGUACAGAUACUAUGUUUGCGAGUUGUUAGCACUCAUCAAUGUGAUAGGUCAAAUGUUUCUUAUGAAUCGAUUUUUCGAUGGCGAAUUUAUGACAUUUGGCUUAGAUGUGAUACAAUAUAUGGAGGCCGAUCAAGAAGACCGAAUGGAUCCCAUGAUAUACAUAUUCCCUAGAAUGACCAAAUGUACAUUUUUUAAAUAUGGUUCGAGCGGGGAGGUGGAAAAACACGAUGCUAUAUGCAUAUUGCCAUUAAAUGUUGUUAAUGAAAAAAUCUAUAUUUUCCUUUGGUUUUGGUUUAUAUUAUUAACAUUAUUGACAUUAUUAACAAUUAUAUACAGGGUGGUUAUUAUAUUUUCACCACGUAUGAGGGUGUACUUAUUUCGUAUGAGAUUUAGGUUAGUGCGUCGAGACGCUAUAGAAAUAAUCGUUCGUCGUUCAAAGAUGGGCGAUUGGUUUUUAUUGUAUUUAUUAGGUGAAAACAUAGAUACGGUUAUAUUUCGAGAUGUUGUACAGGAUUUAGCCAAUCGUUUAGGUCAUAACCAACACCACAGGGUGCCUGGACUAAAGGGCGAAAUUCAGGAUGCAUGAUAUUGGGAGUAUUAGAAACCAUACAAAAUGCAAAAUGUUGUCUCCAUAUAAAAAAACAGUAAAACUUCAAUGAAACGAAAAAUACCUAAAAAAACAACCAAAACAGAAAGAAAAUCCAAUAAAAAAUAACAAAGUAACAAACAAUGCUGCCAAUUUGCUUUUUUAUUAGCAAUUUA